AUGCCUGAACCUGCAAAGCCAGCGCCCAAGAAGGGCUCCAAGAAAGCCGUCACCAAGUCGGCUGGUAAAGGAGGAAAGAAGCGUAAGAGGACCAGGAAAGAGAGCUACGCCAUUUACGUGUACAAAGUGUUGAAGCAGGUCCAUCCCGACACUGGGAUCUCCUCCAAGGCGAUGGGCAUCAUGAACUCGUUCGUUAACGACAUCUUCGAGCGCAUUGCCGGUGAGGCGUCUCGUCUCGCUCACUACAACAAGCGCUCCACCAUCUCAUCUAGAGAGAUCCAGACCGCCGUGCGUCUGCUGCUGCCCGGAGAGCUGGCCAAACACGCCGUGUCUGAGGGCACAAAGGCCGUCACCAAGUACACCAGUUCGAAGUAAAGCGCUGAAUCAUCAGCUACCCCAAAGGCUCUUUU